UCACAGGACCUUUGAGAAGCAGGGUUUGGCGCCAUUUCUGUGAUUGCGUCAAAUGGCAGAGUCACCGGUUUUUGAUCGAAUGAUGAGUCAUCUUCGUGCAACAUGCAAGUAUUACACCGGUUAUCCAAAGGAUCUUGGGCCAUCACGAGUUAUUCAUUUUACUUCCGAGCGUGAGUUUGUUCAGCUUCUACAUAAAGGAUACCCUGUGGUUGUUGCGUUUACAAUCAGGGGUAAUUACACUAAACAUCUUGACAAAGUACUGGAGGAAGCAGCUGCUGAAUUUUAUCGACAUGUUAAAUUUAUGCGUGUAAGAAGCAAGUCAUCUUAUCUCAACUUGCCUUAGUUAGCUACAUGAAUCCAUCUUUUCCGAUUAAUUUUUUGCAAUCCAUAUUCCCUUGCUAAACCAAGGUAGUUAUCUCCUUUCUUCCAUCCUUAACCAACAUUCGUUUUGAGCUUCUUCUUGUCCUUGUGGCACCUUCCCUUAGAUCAAAUUACUCUUCCAUUGGGGAACAGUGUAUUCACUAUUACUCUUCCAUUGGGGUACUGUGCAUUCACUGGUCUGACUUUCAAGUGGAGAAAUCAUCUUAGAUGAAUUUCUUGCAUCUUAUCUUUCAGAUGCGCAGUUUCUAACUUUCCGUAGAUGAGUUUGUCUCUUAUUUUGUCAUGUAAUGCUACUAUUUAUCCCAACAUGCUCAUAUCCAGUUUGAUUUUGUGCUUUUGUAACACCACCCCCC